CCUUCGCCCUGGAAGAUCUGCCUCCCUGCCUUGUUGGCCGAUAUUUUCCCACCUGGCCUGCGUGGGCGGGUCCCUGACUGAUCCCAGCUACAAAAGUUGCUGAACAGACUCUUCGGCUGGGGUAGUGUUUGGAGGUUUCUUUGGUUGCUCGUACUGUAUAAGUUGAAUAAAUAAUAAUAAUAAUAAUACGGAUGCUGAUUUUUUAAUAUUUAUUUCUAGAUCAUGUUAUGAUUCAUGUGGGAAUUGUUUUAAUUUGGUUGUGUACAUUAUUUAUGACUUUCGUUAUGUUUGUAAUUAUGCAAAUCUUGUCAUGUCAUAAGCCGCCUUGAGCAUAGUUUUAACUCAAACACCACCGUGCUUAUAUUUUUGGACAACUGUCUCAGUCUGUGAGUGUACUCUUUAUAUUGCCUAGCCUUUGGGGAUGGUAUGACAACUACUGACAUUUGUGACGGGGUGGUAUGACAACUUAAAUUUGUAACUGAAUAUCCAGUUCUGAAGUUUUCGCCUGCUGUAUAGAUGAAACCUAUAGUUGUCUGUGACAGGUUACUGAAUUCUGCCUACUACUGCCUGAUGUACUAGUAUACAGUAUUUAAAAAUUAUUUCAGGAAUAUGUUACACAAUCAUGCUGCUAAAUAGUUUCUGUGGAGGUUUUUCUCCACAACCAUGAGUUGGUAGAAACAAUCCCAACCCCUUUUGCACCACUAUGGAAAGGUGGUGGAUAAAGUGGAAGUCUCUCCACCCUGCCCACUGCCUGCAGAGUGAUGCCAACAUUACUUCAUUGGUAUGAACCUCCCUGUUCAGAUCACCAAAUGGUGAGUGGGUACGGUAUGCCGCCGGUAGGAUCUCUGCCAGUGAAAUCCAGCUGGAAGACCAAAAAGGCCCUGUGUGAAGCCUGGCAUUCCAUACAGCCAGGGUUAGGAAUGAACCUUUACUUGGAAAAACAGCACAUUUGGAAGAAAAUAGCAGCUGGAGUGUGAUUUCUCCCUUCCCUGGGGCUAUCCCUUCAUCUAAUUAUUUGCAAGGCAGGCCUGGUUGGAUGUUUUGCCUAGCUGGACGUUUUAAAAUUCUAUCUGUGCAAAGUUUGUUUACAUAAGUAUUUUACACUUUUUUAGGUCAUAUAAUUUAAAGGGCUACUGGUCAUAUGCUUCGGAUGGAAACUACAAAGGUUGAUGAUGUCAAAAAAACAUCAAAAAGAAAGAUUGCUGCAGUCAAAGUGACUGAUUGGGUGGAGCCAUCUUUUAGUGAUUUCUGUAAGGAUACAAUUCUAUCAUCUGACAUUCUUCAUAAGAAGCCAUCAACAGAUACCAAACACAGUCGGAAGAAAAAAGAGUGUUGCUCUCCGAUAGAAAGUUGUAAGACUGAAGGGAAAAAAAGAAAGCCACCUUCUACAGAUGAGCAAUAUAAAUAUAAACUCUCAAAACAAAACCAUAGCCAAAACAAAUCUUGGGUGGAUAAAUACAAACCGAAAACUCAGAAUGAGCUUGCCAUACACAAGAAGAAAAUUGAAGAAGUUGAAGCAUGGUUAAAAGAUCACACAUUUCAAAGGCCACCCAGACAGGAAGGUUCUAUUUUAUUAUUAACUGGUCCUCCUGGAUGUGGCAAGUCUGCAACUGUGGAAAUAUUAGCCAAAGAUCUUGGCAUUCAAGUGCAAGAAUGGAUAAAUCCUGUAUCACUAGACUUCAAGAAAGAUGAUGUCAUAGAUUCUUUGAGCUAUGAGUCUGAUUUUCAGAUACUUCCUUAUCAGAGCCAGACAGCUCUCUUUCAAGAGUUUCUAUUAAGAGCAAACAAAUAUGCCAGUCUUCAGAUGGUUGGACAAUCCAUGGAAACUGACAAAAGACUUAUUCUUGUGGAAGAUAUGCCAAACUAUUUUUACCGUGACCAUAGCUGUUUACAUGAAAUCUUGAGAAGGUUUGUGCGGACAAGCAGAUGUCCUCUUGUGUUUAUAAUAUCAGAUGCCUUCAGUGGAGCCAGCAACCAAAGGUCUCUAUUUCCAAAGGAGAUUCAGGAAGAGCUACAUAUAGAUAAUAUUAGUUUUAACCCCGUGGCUCCAACGAUGAUGAUGAAAGUUCUAAAUCGAAUAGCUGGAGCAGAGUUCAAGACGAAUGGAGAAAAAACCGAUGUCCCUGACAUAUCUUCAUUAGACUUGAUUUGCAAAGGAUGUUCAGGUGAUAUUAGGAGUGCAAUAAAUAACCUUCAGUUUUCUUCUUUAAGGGACUACUCAUCGCAGAAAAAGGGGAAUUCCACAUUAAAAUAUGAUACAUUAUCUAAAGUAAAGAAGAAAGAGAAAUUUGGUAACCAGGAGUUACAAGCUGUUGGUGCCAAAGAUUCCUCCAUCUUUCUGUUCCAUGCCUUGGGGAAAAUACUUUACUGCAAAAGAGAACCAGCAACAGACUUGGAGUUUCCUCGAUUACCUGUUCAUUUAACAGAAUAUGAACGAAAUCCCUUGCUUGUUCAUCCUGAGGAUGUCAUAGAAAAGUCACACAUGCCUGGGGACUUAUUUAAUUUAUACCUUCAUCAAAACUACAUUGACUUUUUCUCUGAUAUAGAUGAUCUUGUGAGAGCCAGUGAAUAUUUGAGUACUGCUGACUUCCUUUGCAGUAACUGGGAUGCUAGACCUACACUCCGGGAAUAUAGUGCAUCCAUAGCCACAAGGGGUGUAAUGCAUUCAAACAGAUCCAGAGCCUCUGCUCAAAGCAAAGGAGGAAUGGGCUUUCGACCCCUUCAUAAACCACAGUGGUUCCUAAUAAACAAAAAGUAUCAGGAAAACUGCAUUGCUGCAAAAUCCCUCUUUUCAAGUUUCUGUUUACCACCGCUGUGCCUUCAGACCCAGCUGUUACCUUAUCUUGCCAUGCUGACAAAUCCAAUGAGAAACCAAGCUCAGAUUACUUUUAUUCAGGACGUUGGAAGGCUUCCUUUAAAGAAACACUUUGGAAGGUUGAAGCUUGAAACUCUUACUGAUAAAGACUCAGCAAUACAGGACCUAGACAGUGACGAUGAAGGGGAUUUUGCUGAGAUGCAGUCCACAAAUGUGCUUACCCAAAUGGAGAAAAACAAAACCAGUGAGAAAAAUGAACCAUAUGAAAGUCCUCUUCCUUCCAGCCAAUCUAGUGGAAAUGAACUACCAGCCAGUCAAUCUCAGCCUAUUGUAGCACAAGCAAUCAUGGAGGAAAAUGAACUAAUCAUAGAGGAAUAUGAUAGUGACUAGAAGGUGUGAAAUGGCAACUCCAAAGCUGUGAUAGUGUUUAACAUAAUAAUUUUAGGUUUAAUAUUCUAUAAGCAAUCUUAGCCAACUGUACUGAGAGUGCUACUACUGAUAACCUCAACUUAUUUCUUUGGGCUAUUAUUACUUUGCCACAGUUUCACACAGCUUUAUUUCCAGAGAGACAAAUGCUACACAAGAUAUAUGAGUACUGGCUUUCCCCAGUACUAUUUGACUCUACACUGUAAAGCUUCAACGGUGUGCACCUCAGUUCAAAAUUUUGGCUCCAGUCCGAGAGGUGGUAUGGAAAUCAGUUUUAUGAGACAAAUGCAUCGAUUUACAUGCCUCUUGGAGGGACAGUGUCAAUAGUUUUGUUAAAAUUUCACAAACGUAACCCUUACCCGCGGUGAUAGAAAACUUGUAUAAAGCAUUUAAGUUCUGGGCUGUGUAUUAUUUAAGAUGUAAAUAAAUUUCUGGAUUCCUUGUAUGCUUUGUGAUUUUAGAUAGAUGUUUAUAAAACCGAAGCAGGUACAGCUUGUGUUAGAUAAUCUUGCCUUUGGGCCACAUGUCAUUUCAACUGCAUCUAAAAAGUGCAACUGGCCCAAAUGACCUUUAAAAGGCUGUCUCCCUGCCCCCACCAUAUAAUGCCUGCUUCUUUGCCCACUUGCAUAAUCUGCAAGUCUAAACAAAACUGUGGUAUUUACUCUCCCAUAAAUUCGCCCAGCUGGUCAAUGAAUUGACUUCAACUUUGUACGGGUUAACAGGUUGGAGACUUGCGUUGAGGGCCCACUCACCUUCCAUGCGGUGAGUGGGGGAUACAAAAAAAUAUGAGGGGGGAGGCGCCUCUCGCGUGGAUCAAAAUCUUCGUCAAGCGGAAGCAGCAACCCUUUCAGCCGGUGGGGGCAGCCUAGCAGGAGAGCCACUCUACCUGGAGCGGGCGGGCGGGCAGGUAGGCUGCGCCUCACUGCGAGGACAUGAGCGCAUGACGCGCGGGAGGGGACGGUUCUCUUUGGCAGAGCCGCUGAGGGAAAGAAACCUCGCCGGGAAGGCGGAAGAAGGAACCUCGUCAUUCCCGGGAUUUUUGUGCAUUCCCUCCCCGCCUGAAGCGAGCUUCCAGUGAGCAGGAAAGCUGCGUCGAGAAAGGGUGAGCGUGGUGAGGCUGCGCUGCGCGAGAAAGGAAAGGCGCUUGCUUGGUUCCGCUCCCGGUGGUUGUGGGAGCGCAGGGCGCCCGCGAGGUGUGGUCGCGAGUGAGGCGGCGGCGGCAGGAAGGAAGGAAGGUGCUGUGGUUGUGGUUGUUGAGCCUUGGGAGAAAAGUGCCCGGGCGAAAAGAGGCACUGGAAGAGUCCGGGAGUUCCCAUUUCUGAGAGGCAUCCAGUGCGCUCUCAGAAAGAAGUCCCCUUGUUGAAGCCGCUGAGACUUACUCCCAA